AUGAUACAAUUAAAGGACGAUAUACCUGCUCUCAUUUAUAAAGUUAAUUUUGUAGUCAGAAAAGUCCAAGCUCAGCGUAAGUUCGCUCAAGGUGCCUAUGUGCCGCCCACACUGAACGUCUCUGGCGGAGGAAUAGAUAGAAGAACUGAGAUAUCACCUAUCAAGGAAAAAUCUGUUUUCCAUAAUAAAACGUCAGCAAGAUCACUGUUGGAUAUUGUCGCAUUUAAAAAUCUACACAAACAUGCACAACCUAUAGUGUUGUUGGAACGGCUAGAAAACAGUCAUCCGUUGUGUUCAAAGGAUCGACCGAAUCCAAUAGCAAUUUCCAAGCCGACAAGCGUCGCGGUAAACAAAAAUCAUGAAACUAUCUCACCGAUAUCAAAUGGAACACACAGUUCUUCUAUAUCACGAGAUAGAACUAGGAAUGCUAGGAUCAUUACACCAAGACUACCCAUGCAUUUAAGAUCGAGGGUAGUAACAUAUGGUGAAAGAAAGAAAGUAUUAGUCACCAAGAAAAAAAACUUUGAAAAUCGUGAGAAGAAUAUCGUUAAAAUAAGAAAUUCACGUGAACUAAGGAAGAAAAAACGACCAGAUAAUUAUUCUGAUGAUUUCUCCAUUGAUGAUGAUAAGCCUUUAAUGUUCUUCAGACAGAAGUCAUUGAGCUUAAAGAAAGAUGCAUCUAUGAAGCAGAGGAAGAUCAAUAAUAAACGCCCAAAGUCAGUUAAAAACUCCGAGCCAAAACCUAGAAAUAAGACUAAAAUAGUACGACCUGGCCUAAAUCUGCAAGGUAAAGAUGCAGUGAAACGUAGAUCGUCGUGUUUAGAUCAAAGUGCAGUGCAAGGACCAGCGUCGUGCAGUACGAAAAUAAAGCCAAUACCAGCCAAUAAAAAUGUUAGCCCUACCCUGGAAGCAGCGCCUUCCAAAGAUGUUAUCCCUAUCCCAAAAUCUUCACCGACUAGCACAAAAACUAACCUCGUUUCCGGUCUAUCGUGCAAUACGAAUACAAAUCCUACAUCACAAAUAAAAGAGGAGGAACAAAAUCUUGGAUCAUCGAAUAAAAACGUGGACUUCAUUCCCGGAACGCCAACCCCGAAUGUAAAUGCGAAUCUCAUUAAAGUACUCUCGACGUCAAAUUUGAUUGUGGAUGCGAAUGGCAGACCAACCUUCGCUGGUAUUAACAUGGAGGCCAAUACUGGUCAAGUACCAGAUAAAAUAAACGUGAACCAUUACUCCUGGCCUGCGUCUCAUAUUAAUAUGGAUACUAUUCCCGUACAAUCAUUCCCUAAUGGAAAUAUUGGUUCCAUCCCGGUAACAUCACCCGGUAUGAAUGUGAAUCCCAUUGCUGGACCACAGUCACAGAUAUACGUGGUGAAUGUACCGGGUUCAUCAUCGAAUAUAUACGUGGUUCCCGUCCCGGGUGCAUCGACCUUUGCAUAUGCGACGCCCGUCCCAGCGCCGACAUCUACAAAUUUAUACGUAGACAGCAUCCCAGGGCCAUCUUCUCUGAAUAUAUACAAAGAUCCCAUACCAGGAACGUCGUGUAAUGGCGUGUUUGGUGUGGCUAGUUCAACUCCAUCAGCAAAUAUUUGUUCAGAUAGUGAUAAAGUCCUUUCACCCUCGAAUUAUAAUGGCAAUGUCACUGAGCCGUCAUCUUCAUUGCUAUGCGCAACACCUGGUUCAUUGCCAUGCCAAAAUACUCUGCAAGCAUCAGAGUGUUCAUCUCCGGACGCGUCAUUAGCUUCUAUUACCAGUUCCCCAUCCUCAAAUCAAGUACCAACAGCUUCUUCAUCAGACAUUUAUUCGAAUCCCGUCCCAGGAACUUCAGGUUCCAGUAUAUCUUCAGAUCCUACCACGAAUACAUCCUCAAACGGACGUAACAGACGAAGCAUAGGCAAACAGAGGCGGAAGUCAUCUAUAAAAUCCGCUUCAUCAUCAACAAAGAAACCACCAAUGGCGUUGAAGGCACCGUUUUAUGGAAUAAAAAGGAUCGAGAGCUGGUUGUCAUCAGAUUUUAGGGUGGUUACAGCGCCACCACCGCCGAAACCACCUAGGAAGAACCCAUCAGAAACCAGAGAGGAAACGAUGUCCCCAGAACCUGAAAUUGACGAAACCGAACAAUGUAUUGGAGCAAAAUUCACAACUGUUAAAGACAUCAUAAACUACGGCCCGAGCUAUUUCGACUGCCUGUGUUUGCAAUGCGACCAUUGCAAUUAUAUUCAUAAAAUGUUGAACAAGUACAAACAAGAGUCCACCACAAAUAGAAGUGACGUCAGAAUGAGGAAACGGAAACACGAGGAAUCGUUGACAGUGGAACUUCAGGACGCGUCAGAUUCUAUGGUAAUCGAAGUUUCAGACAGCGAGGAUAUAAAAACGAUUGAUUUAACCGGUGACACUGACGAUCUCAUGCAAGAUAAUGAAGUAUCGAACUCGAACACUGGCGACAGUAACACACAGCCAGAGAAUGUUAAACAACAGAAUGAAACACAACGAGAUACACAAGAAAGAUCGCAGAAUCAAUUAGCAAGGAAUCUGGCGCAGCGGAUACAAACACAGAACCAAAGACGGAUGCAACAGAGGCAGAGGCAGCGUGUUAGCAGACAAGGGUCAGCAUUACGUGGUCGACAGAGAAUUGUACCGAGAACACCUCAAAGACCAUUGAGGAGGGUAGUUGUUAAUAAAGCAGUUAACAGAAGAUCAUUAACAAGAUACUCAUACCAAACAAGCAAACGCUCUGAGAACGUAUCGAAAAUACUUAGAGACAAGAUCAUCACAGCUCCCGUGUUUUAUCCCACUUUGGAAGAAUUUAGGGAUCCCAUGGCGUAUUUAGAGAAGAUAAUGAAAUUCACAAAGAAGUACGGCAUCUUCAAACUAGUGGCGCCAGACGAAUAUGAACCUACAUGUACUAUAUCCGAGAACUUUAAAUUCAGUACAUCCCAUCAAUACAUAGCUAGGUUCUUCAAUAGAUGGGGUCCAGCCGCUAGGGAACUAUGUACUAUGAGAGCUUAUUUGGCUACACAGAAUGUACAUUUUAAACGUGGGCCUUUGCUAGGAGGUCUAGAAGUUGAUUUGCCCAAAGUGUUCCACAUCGUACAAAGACUUGGAGGUUUAAAGACUGUGAUGGAUAAAAAGAAAUGGCAUCGCAUAGCCGAGGAAUUGAAUCUUAGAAAUCUACGUAAUCCGGAGAAGAAAUUUGAUAAUCUAUUCCUAAAGUACUUGUUGCCAUAUAACAGUCUUACUAAACGAGAACGUCAAGAUAUGAUGAUGAAAGUCGAACAGAGGUGGAUUAAGAAGAACAAUAGAUUGAUGAAGCGCGUCGUGAAUCCUCUUUAUAGACAGAAACGGAUGCUGGGAGAGAUUGAAUCAUCAGAUGAAGAACCGGAAGAUGAGGAUUAUCUGACAGAGGCGUUAAACUUGGCUGAAGAUUGCAGCCAGCUCGGACGAAAAAUGGGUCUAGAAGCAUUCAAGAAGAUUGCCGGAACAGCAUUCACAAUGUACUUUCCCGACGAGAAGACUCAGCCUACAGUCGCCGAAAUAGAGGAGAAAUAUUGGAACAUAGUACUACUUGGAACACAACACGUGUCAGUGAACACUGCGUUCAUAGAAAGCGGCGUAGAAGGACACGUACCUCCUAAGAGUAAAACAAAUGAUUCUAUCAAUACGAAUCCAUGGUAUUUGAAGAAUUUAAGCACCGAUAAGAGUAACGUUCUACGUUUGCUCGGUUCAUUGGCUGGUAUGACAGUACCGUCGCUUCACGUGGGAAUGGUGUUUUCAACUAGUUGUUGGCAUCGAGACCCGCAUGGGUUACCAUGGAUGGAUUACUUGCACCAGGGAACAGAGAAAAUAUGGUAUGGAGUACCUAGUCACGAAGGUCAAAACUUCCGCUGUGCUCUAGAAACUCUCUGCCCUACUCUAUGCCAGAACAAAACUUUAUGGCUACCAUCUGAGAUCGCAAUGACACCGCUCAACCUCCUAUUAGACCGUAACAUUAAAUUAACACGUUGCGUACAGCGGCCGGGCGAAUUCGUGUUCGUGAACCCCCAGGCGUAUUCUAGUUCGGUGUCAACAGAUUUCACUGUAUCGGAGAGCGUUUACUUCGCUACUGAAUCCUACUUCGAAAACGUCAAUCAGGCCUUUCAAGAGUUGAAGGAAAGCUGCGAGCCGUCUUCGUUUUCGUUGGAGCAGCUUUUGAUAUCAGCUGCCAAGGACCCACAUCUGCCGCUAAACGUUCUAGAACACGUCCACAAACAUCUCAAUGAUAUAGUAUCUGAAGAACUGUCCUUCAGAAGGGCACUCACCGAUCUCAAAGUACCGUUGCUGCUCAAUAAAAACCGUCCAACAAUCUGGAGUGCUCGCGAUGAUGAUGAGUGUCAAGUAUGCAGGACGGCGUUGUAUUUGUCACGUGUAACGGGACUUUUCAAGAAUGCCUCCGUAUGUCUGCAACACGCUCUCAGACUGAUCAAUUUGAAAAAAGGAGCCGAAUUGAAGACUUUGAUAUCAACACUGGAAAUGGAAGUAUCUAUAAGUAAUACUGAACUACACGAUAUAGUUAUUAAACUACAGAGAAGACUUUCACAUAGAGGGAAAUGA